GUAUCAUUAAUUAUUUAUUUAUUUAUCAUUUGCGUUGCAUCAGCCGUUAGAAGCUGUCUUGCCAUCAUUCUGAUGGUCUGAUGUGUGGUUGCUGUUGCUGUCCUUUUGUAGUGAUUGCACUCUACGUGGCCAUUCGAAAGCAUUUACUGUCUCGUGGUGAAGAGCAGCAAGAAGAAACUACAGCGAUGACUGCCGAAGAAGAGACUCCUGGAGAGCAAAGCCAUCUCUUGAAACACAGUGCAAGCAGCCCUGUUUCAGCCCAUAGUGCGGGCAACAGCAGCCAUGGUAGCAUCCGCCGUUUGGAAGAGAAGGUUCCUUUGUAUGCCAAUCCCAAGCAGAGGCAGCGAUGGGAUGAUGUGCAAAUGCUCCCGCAUGUAAACUGGGGAGACCUGUACUUUGAUUUGUUCUAUGUGGCAGCUGCCUAUCAACUCAGCCACGCCUUCAAAGACUGCCCAACCUGGGAAGGAGUGCUGUACUUUUGCUCCUCCUACCUACCCAUAUUGCUCAUCUGGAACGAGAAAUUGGUAUAUGAUGCUCGAUUUUGUCCCGAUGAUAAUCUCUUUCAUCGAUCCCUGGAAGUUAUCCAUUUGUGCGUCGUGGGGCUCAUCGUAUCGUGCAUUCAGCCAGCAGAAAUCAUGAAGGAUACCGCCAACAAUCCCACCAUGACAAUCUUCACAGGAGCCUACUUGGUAAACAAUGUUCUACAAGCGUGGGUCCUUUGGGAUUUGCGUCGCAACGUCAUUGGUGGCCCCGAAGCCAAAGCCUGUGCUCUACAUGAGCUAUAUCGAAAACAAGUUGGAGCCAUCUUGACAGCUGUAGCCUUCAUCAUUUCUGCCAAGGACUAUUACUUUACAGUGACCAAUGAGCAAAAAGCAGCGAGCUACGCAGAGGAAGAAGAAGAGGGCAACUAUUUGCCAGCCUGCUUGCUCGUUCUCGGCUUCGUGACAGAAAAUAUGUUCUUUCCGAUGCUGCACCAGACUUACAUAAUUCGACGGGGCAUUUCACACAAAGAGGUGUAUGUGCCCAUCAACCUCGAGUUUACAAUUCACAGGAUUGGAGAAUGGGUCAUGCUGAUGCUAGGAGAAUCUGUCUUGAGCAUUCUGACCAUUCCACAAUCCAAAUCGACAACUACCUUUUCUUAUUCUGUGGCUUUCUUCGCCGGCAUUCUGACUGUGACCAUGUUCCAGUAUCUGUUCUUUCGAACCCAACCAGCCGAAGCCAAGGAUCAUGCCAUGCGACGCAGCCAAAGUGGUGGAUACAUGUACUUUUACUCCCACAUGUUUUACUCUGCGUCUCUGAUAUUGGUGGGUUGUUCCUACAAAAUGAUGCUGUCAGAGCAAGAAAUGCUAGACCAAGCAGAAGAAGAACAAGUGGACUACGACAUUAGGGAACGCAUCGCUUUGGUCUAUGCCUGGGCACAGUUUGGUUGCUUCAUUGCUCUUGAUCUUGUCACCAUGAGCCAUCGUGGGGUGAAGGCAAACUUUCGCCGUUUCCUUGUUGAACACAAUGACGGAGUGGCGAGAUGGGCUAAGGUCCCUCUCAUGAUCUGCAUGUUGGAUAUAGUGUUGAUUGUCUUGACCCUCAAUCUGCGCCGUGUUCAUGACUUGACCAUGCUGUCUCUGGCAGGAUGUUUGCUGGUCUUUGGCCAAGUGAUACUCCGCACUAUUGGACUCAAGUACUUCCCUGUGACCAUUGAUCAAAUGCAACGAGCCAUUCAUCCGGACGACUAUUGCAGUCUUGGCAGUGGAGGCAAGGACGGCGAAGACCACCGACGAUGGCCCAAUGUUACUGAGCCAACUUCGGCUCCCUCUCACAAAUAGGAGGGCCCAUUGAUUGGUUUUCUUGUUAAUGUAGCUGUAAUCAUAUUAGUGUUGUACCGGUGUUGAUAAAUACGCUCCAUUCUAGAUUAAAGCCCAAUAAUCGCUAGACUUGUUCAUCGCUUGUAAAUUGCACUUACU